AUGGACGAAGAGGAGGCAGGUUUGAAAGUCAGUACAACUCGACUGUGUGACAAGCUAUUACAUAUUUUUGAUGUUUUUGUUUCAAAGGUAGAAGAAAUAUGGCAGAUAUUGGAGAAAACAUACAAGAAACGACCAAAACUUGUUCUGUCCGUAGUUGGGGAUUCAGAAACCUUCGUUCCUAAAGUUUGGUCACGAGAUGUAUUCCAAACAGCGCUUAUAGAGGCUGCAAAGUACAGCGGAGGGGAUACAUGGAUUCUGUAUUGUGGAAGUCGUAAAAGCACCGUGUCUUCGAUGAUUUCAGAAGCAUUUGAUACAUAUACCCAUUUAGAAAAUCUACAUUCGUAUCCAAAGGAAGCUGAAUCUUUUCCAAUUAAACCAAUUACGCUUUCUUUUGAAAACGAUUCCAAAAAGGACAGAAAGCCGACACAAUUGACGGGCCUCAUUGAAUGUAUGUUUCAUGGGGAUCCAGAGAAAUUCGAUGAGUAUCGCUUACAGCUAGAAAGCUACAUUCAUAACCAGACGGUUUCUUUUAUGGACGAGGGGGAGCUGAAAUUGGAUUUACCUAUCCCAGUUGUUCGAAUCUUAGUGGAAGGUGAUUUAAACAGCAUCCACGGUAUAGCCGAGUCUGUAAACAGAAAUUUGCCUGUGGUGAUCGUAAAGGGUUCAGGAAAGGCGGCUGAUCUCACAGUGGACUACAUCGAGAAGCCCGAAUCUCUAAAAACCAAUGCAGCCCUUCUAUUUGGAAUUCGAUUUCGAAAUGAGACCUUUGAUUCACUGAGGGAAAGCCUUGAACAGAUCAAAUCUUCUGAAAAUCUAGUUAACAUAUUUGAUGUAGAGAAUAAAACAGCAGGUUCUUUCCUUCAAGUGAUCGGAGAAGCUGUGGUCCGCGCCUCGGCCCACUCUCAAGUCAACGACAAAGGCAAACGUAAACACACAAGAACCACAGUGCCUGAAGAGCCCAUUGCUUGUGUGAAUGAACAGAAGCUUGGCAGAAAGAAGUUCAAGAAGAGACAGUUCCGGAAAUGUUUGUCUACUUCUGAUUACAUCAUACAGUCGGAUGCGAUGCCGGUCUCGGUGCCUCUGUUUUUCUACUUUGGAUAUCAAUAUCUACAACACAUAGGAAAACUACUGGAUUAUGGAUAUUUCUUGCUGUACCAGGCCUUGAAGACAAAUAGAUGUGAUUACGUCAAUGCCUUGGUUUCUGAAGAAGUGAAGUUUAAAGCCACUUACCUAGCAAAACUUUACGCUAAGACUUUCCCAGUCACAAAAACUAGAUAUUGUUGUAGGCGGAACUGGGAAGACUUCGUUAAAAUUGCAAUCGCACCAGACACGGUUCUUCAUGUUACAGAGGAUAUGGAUUUCAAACCUCAUAGCCGGGAAAUUGGAGACGAGGAAAUGUCGAUGGAGGAACAGAAAAUGGACCACUAUCGCAAAGUCUCCCGCGCCGUCAGAUCGUUAUGUUGUUACUUGUUGAAAUACAAUGCUGAGGAAGAACCCAAGGAGAUGAAAAGGGAUAACAAAUGGACCGAUCAAUUAAGAAGCAGACUUUACACGGUAAAAAGCACUGCGGAUAGCACCGAUGGAGAAAAAAGCACAAACGAGUACGUGUUAAGGCCAGAUAUAGUUACCAAUGAAAAGCAAUCUGGAAGCAGACUGGACGUUAAAAAAGGCGAGAGAAAGAAGAAACCAUCAGAAGAUGACAUCAACAAAGCCUUAUUACUCUGGGCAAUUUUCGCUCAGCGAGAGGAAAUUGCUGAACUUUUUUGGUUGCACGGAAACAACCAUUUAGUGUCCAGUCUAAUAUGCACCGUCUUGUUGAGAAAAUUAUCUGAAAAGGCAGAUGAUUACAAUGAACAUAACCUUUCCAGACAUUUUGAAGAGCAUGCUGGAUUAUUUGAAGAGCGAGUUCAAAUGCUGUUGGACUUGAUGUAUCAAGAGAAUGAAAAAUGCGCCAUCGCAGCAAUGGACGAGGAAUGUACCGUAUUUGGAGUAAAAACAACACCUUUAACCUUUGCAUAUGAAAAUCUUUUGUAUGAUGUGAUUGCGCAUCCCUGUUCUCAACGAUACAUGGAUAUGGUCUGGCACGCUAGAAAUACUGAAACAGACAAUGAACAAGAUGAAAAAGUCUCAGAAGACACAUGUGUCUGUGGUUGCUUCAAGCCUUGUUGCUGCAAGCAAGAAGCAUUUCGACCUAAAUGGUCUCCUAAAAUACGGUACAUCAUAAACUAUGUAAUAUUUUUUGGUGUGCUGGUGUCGUACAGUGACUUUGUGUUGACAAGUGUUAGUCACUACAAACGGGACUCCGCCAGAGCAAUGGAAUACAUUGUUUACAUUUGGGGGGUAGGAGACCUUCUUGAAGAGUAUCGCCCAUUUGUGGUUAUUUUCUUCAAUUUCCUCCGUGAUGGCAAAUGGCGAAGAUUUCUGUUCCAAUUAAAGCUUCAUCUUAAUGACUUCUGGAAUGCAAUGGACCUGUUGUUGUACAUAUCAAUAGCGUUCGCCUUAGGCGUUAGGCACGCCGGGGACCAGGAGGACUUCACUUGGUCUAGGCGCAUCUUCUCCUUCUCUUUGCUUAUUAUGUACAUGAGGUUUCUACAGGCGUUUCUGAUGACGCGAACUUUUGGAGCAACCAUAAUAAUGAUAAAGGAAAUGUUAAAGGAUCUGCUGGUUUUUAUCUGGUUAGCUAUAUUUGUGAUAGUAGGAGUCGGCAUGUACUAUCACGCUAACUUAUGGCCAGACCACAGACAACUGUUUGGGGACGGAUCUAUAGAGACCUGGCGGAUCUGGACUAUCAUCGCUCUUCCCUACUUCCAACUCUAUGGAGAUUCCAACGCUGAUUUCCUCUCGGGGGAUGAUAAUGAUUUAGACUGCACAACAAAUGAAGCCGUCUGGUCAUCGGAUCCGACACGGGAUCGGUGUCCUCGGGAAGAUUGGACGGUCAUGGUCAUUGUAGCCGCCUUCAUGCUUUUCGCCAACCUUCUGUUAGUUAAUCUUGUCAUCGCCAAGUUUAGCUACACUUUUGAAAAAGUGAAAAGUAAUUCUGAGAAGCUCUGGAUGUUUGAACGCUAUGUAAUCAUCAGCGAUUUUAAAGACCGGAUUCCUUCACCCUUGAAUAUUCCUUUUGGGAUUUUCAAAUCCAUUAAAUAUUUGUUUAACAUUCUUCAGAAAAAGAGAUUAAAAUUUCAUGAAAGUCAGAAAGAAUCAGCUAAAAAGAAAGAGGAGAAGUGGCAAAAGAAAAGUGAUUUUUUGAUGAAAUUUCAAAAAGUCAUGGCAUCAAGGGUUAUCAACGAACAGAGGAAAAAACGAAGGAGCAAAAAUAGUUCCCAUUUGUAGGAUUCUUUUCUCUGAGGUUAUUGCAUGAAGAGUUUUUUUUUUAUUUUGACUUUCACUUUUUGUUAUAAUUACCAAAUGACUUUAAUUGUCUCCAUGUUAUUUUUAACAAAGAAAAUGUUAAUCUCACAUGAGUUAAAAACUCAGAUAUUUUUCUUAUCAUGCAUUGCAUCAUUAUGGAGUAGUGUAGAAAGAGAAGAAAAACCGAACUAGAUUUUAUUACUGUU